AAGUGAGGGAGUUAACAUUACAGUCCGCCUGUCACCAGAUGGUAAUCCUGUUCCUCUUAGUGAUGUUGAAGCUAUUAAUACUGAUAAUGUUAAGUCAAUAAAAGUGUUUGUAUAUGAUGAUACUCAAAAGGAUUAUGUACCAAUAGAAGAAGUAACUGGCUCUACAUUAACAAAGAAAGUAUUACCUGAUGGAGUUGAUACAUCCAAAAUCAAAAUUCUUGUUAUACCUGAUAAUCCAGACAAUCCAGUUGAAAUUAAAUUGAAAAUCCAUGCCUGUUUUGAAGAAACUGUUGGCACAACACAAGGACCAUCUGAAACAUCAGCAACAGAAGGACAACCAGGAACAUCACCAUUAUUACCUACAACACCUGGAACAUCAGAAUGUACUGAAACAGAUGGUAUGAAAGAUGCACAAAUAAUACCUGAUUCAAGUAUCACUUCACCUACAUCACCUAGUGUUGACGUAACUCAAAUUAGAGAUGGUGGUGCAUCUUUCCCUGCUGGACAGAUCCCAGAAAUUGUAAUAAAUCUGACACCAACAUCUAACAGUGAAGUUGAAAUUGGAAGUGUAACUGUUCCUGUAACAAAUGUUGCUUCAAUUACUGUUACACCAAUUGCUUCUGAUGAUACUGAAAAGACUGAAACUGUUGGCACAACACAAGGACCAUCUGAAACAUCAGCAACAGAAGGACAACCAGGAACAUCACCAUUAUUACCUACAACACCUGGACCUUCUGAAGUUUGUGAAGAAAUUAAUGGUAUGCAAGAACCUGCCUACAUUCCUGAUUCAUAUCUUGAUGGUUUAAAUAAUGCACAAAAAUCUACUCUAAGAAGUCCUACUGGUCUUGUCUCAUUAGCUAACAAUAAUGGUCCUAUUACUAUUACCUUGGCAAAAACAGAUAUCAGUCUAGGAUUUGUGGAAUACAAGAAUACCCAGAACCUUAAGAGAGUGGAAAUAGAAUUGAUUUCUGUUAAUGGAGAUGUAACCCCUGUAACUGAUAAACCUGCUCUCAAUGCUCCAGGAGAUCAGAGAAUAGACUUCAGACCUGAUGAAAAGGCUCAAAAGAUAAAGAUAAUAUUUUAUCCUAGUAAUGUGUCUGAAGCUGUUGAAUUUACUUUAGAUGUACGAGCUUGUUUUGAAGGAACAGUUAGUCCAACCACAACAGGGCCUGGUGUUUCAACAACUGCUGCUACAGCACCAUGUACCAAGGUCGCUGGAAUGGAAAACCCACAAUUACUUCCUGCUAGUUAUCUACAGCAACCAGCUGACUCCCCAUCAUCAGAUAAUCCUGAGAACUUAAGACCAACUUCAUCAACUCCUUAUAAGAUUCCUAAUGUACCAAGUGAGGGAGUUAACAUUACAGUCCGCCUGUCACCAGAUGGUAAUCCAGUUCCUCUUAGUGAUGUUGAAGCUAUUAAUACUGAUAAUGUUAAGUCAAUAAAAGUGUUUGUAUAUGAUGAUACUCAAAAGGAUUAUGUACCAAUAGAAGAAGUAACUGGCUCUACAUUAACAAAGAAAGUAUUACCUGAUGGAGUUGAUACAUCCAAAAUCAAAAUUCUUGUUAUACCUGAUAAUCCAGACAAUCCAGUUGAAAUUAAAUUGAAAAUCCAUGCUUGUUUUGAAGAAACACACCGACUUCCUGGAACAACAGAAAUACCUACAGGAACUUCUGUUACAGAAGAACCACAAGUAACACCACCAACACAACCAUCAGAAUUAUGUGAGGAGAUCAAUGGGAUGGAGUCACCAGCCUUUAUUCCUGAAAGUAGUGUCGAUGGGUUAACUCCAGAGCAGGUAGCAGCAUUGAGAACUGGUUCUGUUUCUGUCAAUACUGGUGUAGAAGAAAGGAUAGUUUUCACAAUUGAUUUAACACCAAAUGAUAAUAGUGAAGUCCAGUUAGGCUCUUUUAAGUUAAUAAACACUAACAAUGUAAAGGAUAUUGAAUUGGUACUGAUAAAGAAUACUGGAGCAGAGGAACUUGUUACUAAUCAACCUGGACUCAAUUCUCAAACGCCAAGUGCAGACUUCCCUCCAACAGACAGUGCUGAGAAGAUAAGAGUAUCAAUAUCUCGCGAGGAUGCAUUGCUGAAUGUAACAUUUGGAAUUGAUUUAAGAGCAUGUUUUGAGCAAACUGUAGCUCCUCAAGAAACAACAUCUGCAACUUCCAAACCAGAAUGUACUGAAACAGAUGGUAUGAAAGAUGCACAAAUAAUACCUGAUUCAAGUAUCACUUCACCUACAUCACCUAGUGUUGACGUAACUCAAAUUAGAGAUGGUGGUGCAUCUUUCCCUGCUGGACAGAUUCCAGAAAUUGUAAUAAAUCUGACACCAACAUCUAACAGUGAAGUUGAAAUUGGAAGUGUAACUGUUCCUGUAACAAAUGUUGCUUCAAUUACUGUUACACCAAUUGCUUCUGAUGAUACUGAAAAGACUGGUGAUAGCGUAACUAAAACUGUUGUUGGAAAUAUAGCUAGUGUUAUUUUCCCUAAUGAUGUUCGAGGUGAUAAGGUUAAAAUUACAUUAACUCCAGUAGGUAAUAAUUUACCAGUUACCACUACUGGUGCAUUAGAAGUUAAAGCCUGUUUUGAAGAAACUGUUGGACUUGGAGUUUCACCAACUCUUGCUCCACAAACAACACAAGGACAAUCUGGAACAUCAGCAACAGAAGGACCACAACAAACACCACCAUUAGUACCAUCAGAAUGUACUGAAACAGAUGGUAUGAAAGAUGCACAAAUAAUACCUGAUUCAAGUAUCACUUCACCUACAUCACCUAGUGUUGACGUAACUCAAAUUAGAGAUGGUGGUGCAUCUUUCCCUGCUGGACAGAUCCCAGAAAUUGUAAUAAAUCUGACACCAACAUCUAACAGUGAAGUUGAAAUUGGAAGUGUAACUGUUCCUGUAACAAAUGUUGCUUCAAUUACUGUUACACCAAUUGCUUCUGAUGAUACUGAAAAGACUGGUGAUAGCGUAACUGAAAAUGUUGUUGGAAAUAUAGCUAGUGUUACUUUCCCUAAUGAUGUUCGAGGUGAUAAGGUUAAAAUUACAUUAACUCCAGUAGGUAAUAAUUUACCAGUUACCACUACUGGUGCAUUAGAAGUUAAAGCCUGUUUUGUAGAAACUACUGGACCUGGUGUUUCACCUACUGUUGGCACUACAGCUGGUCCUGGAACUACAUCAACACCAUGUACCAAGGUCGCUGGAAUGGAAAACCCACAAUUACUUCCUGCUAGUUAUCUACAGCAACCAGCUGACUCCCUAUCAUCAGAUAAUCCUGAGAACUUAAGACCAACUUCAUCAACUCCUUAUAAGAUUCCUAAUGUACCAAGUGAGGGAGUUAACAUUACAGUCCGCCUGUCACCAGAUGGUAAUCCUGUUCCUCUUAGUGAUGUUGAAGCUAUUAAUACUGAUAAUGUUAAGUCAAUAAAAGUGUUUGUAUAUGAUGAUACUCAAAAGGAUUAUGUACCAAUAGAAGAAGUAACUGGCUCUACAUUAACAAAGAAAGUAUUACCUGAUGGAGUUGAUACAUCCAAAAUCAAAAUACUUGUUAUACCUGAUAAUCCAGCUAAUCCAGUUAACGUUCAAUUGAAAAUCCAUGCCUGUUUUGAAGAAACUGUUGGCACAACACAAAGACCAUCUGAAACAUCAGCAACAGAAGGACAACCAGGAACAUCACCAUUAUUACCUACAACACCUGGAACAUCAGAAUGUACUGAAACAGAUGGUAUGAAAGAUGCACAAAUAAUACCUGAUUCAAGUAUCACUUCACCUACAUCACCUAGUGUUGACGUAACUCAAAUUAGAGAUGGUGGUGCAUCUUUCCCUGCUGGACAGAUCCCAGAAAUUGUAAUAAAUCUGACACCAACAUCUAACAGUGAAGUUGAAAUUGGAAGUGUAACUGUUCCUGUAACAAAUGUUGCUUCAAUUACUGUUACACCAAUUGCUUCUGAUGAUACUGAAAAGACUGGUGAUAGCGUAACUGAAACUGUUGUUGGAAAUAUAGCUAGUGUUAUUUUCCCUAAUGAUGUUCGAGGUGAUAAGGUUAAAAUUACAUUAACUCCAGUAGGUAAUAAUUUACCAGUUACCACUACUGGUGCAUUAGAAGUUAAAGCCUGUUUUGUAGAAACUACUGGACCUGGUGUUUCAACUACUGUUGGCACUACAGCUGGACCUGGCACUACAUCUGGUCCUGGCACUACAUCAACACCAUGUACCAAGGUCGCUGGAAUGGAAAACCCACAAUUACUUCCUGCUAGUUAUCUACAGCAACCAGCUGACUCCCCAUCAUCAGAUAAUCCUGAGAACUUAAGACCAACUUCAUCAACUCCUUAUAAGAUUCCUAAUGUACCAAGUGAGGGAGUUAACAUUACAGUCCGCCUGUCACCAGAUGGUAAUCCAGUUCCUCUUAGUGAUGUUGAAGCUAUUAAUACUGAUAAUGUUAAGUCAAUAAAAGUGUUUGUAUAUGAUGAUACUCAAAAGGAUUAUGUACCAAUAGAAGAAGUAACUGGCUCUACAUUAACAAAGAAAGUAUUACCUGAUGGAGUUGAUACAUCCAAAAUCAAAAUACUUGUUAUACCUGAUAAUCCAGACAAUCCAGUUAACGUUCAAUUGAAAAUCCAUGCCUGUUUUGAAGGUAUCUGUACUGAUGAAGAAGGUAUGAGUGAUCCAGCUUAUAUUCCUACAAGAAGCAUUACUUCUGCUGGUGUAAGUGAUGUAGAAGAUCUUAGACCCGGAGAUAACCCUGCUACAUACAAUGCUGGAACUGCACCAGAAUUUGUAAUAGAUUUGCUUGCUGAUUCUGAAGAUGAUGUUGAAGUGAAAUCAGUCACAUUACUUGAUGCUGAAAAUGUUAAGAGUAUAGCUGUAUAUAUUGAUGACAGUUUAAGUGAAGCACCUCAAACUGGUAAUUCUGAUCCAAGUGGAAGUCCACCAAAGGUUAUUUUCCCAGCUGGAACAAGGGCUAAAUCUAUAAGGGUGGUUGUAACUCAAACAGAUGAUGGUGUUGAAACUAAAUUUAAUGUAGAUAUCAGAGCUUGUUUUGAAGUAACAGCUGCACCAGUUACAACUGGAGUCUCCGCACCAUGUACCAAGGUCGCUGGAAUGGAAAACCCACAAUUACUUCCUGCUAGUUAUCUACAGCAACCAGCUGACUCCCCAUCAUCAGAUAAUCCUGAGAACUUAAGACCAACUUCAUCAACUCCUUAUAAGAUUCCUAAUGUACCAAGUGAGGGUGUUAACAUUACAGUCCGCCUGUCACCAGAUGGUAAUCCAGUUCCUCUUAGUGAUGUUGAAGCUAUUAAUACUGAUAAUGUUAAGUCAAUAAAAGUGUUUGUAUAUGAUGAUACUCAAAAGGAUUAUGUACCAAUAGAAGAAGUAACUGGCUCUACAUUAACAAAGAAAGUAUUACCUGAUGGAGUUGAUACAUCCAAAAUCAAAAUACUUGUUAUACCUGAUAAUCCAGACAAUCCAGUUGAACGUUAAAUUGAAAAUCCAUGCCUGUUUUGAAGAAACUGUUGGCACAACACAAGGACCAUCUGAAACAUCAGCAACAGAAGGAC